AUGACUGUAAUGUUAGAUGAUACGAUUGAUUCAAAUGAUGAACGUGGACACGCGAUUGUCGAGACCUUAGCAAUUGUUAUUGAAUCAAUGAUGCGUACAAGUGAUCGUAUGCCAUUGGGAUAUUAUCAUAAAACGAAAUUUGAAGCUUUUCGUGCUCCAGGAAUUUCAGUGCGUGACUAUCUUACACGUAUUCAUAAAUAUGCUAGUUGUAGUCCCGAGUGUUUUGUACUUGGACUUGUAUAUAUGGAUCGUCUUCAUCAAAUGCAAGGUUUUGCACUAACAGAGCUCAAUGUCCAUCGUGUCAUUAUUACAAGUGUUGUACUAGCAGCCAAGUUCUUUGAUGAUCAUUAUUUUAAUAAUGCUUACUAUGCAAAAGUAGGUGGGAUACCGUGUCCUGAAAUGAAUGAACUUGAAGUGGAAUAUUUACUAUUGAUUAACUUUAGUCUUCACGUCAGCAGUGAGACGUAUGCACGUUAUUACAAUGAAUUGGCUAAUCAUUACAUGUAUAUCCGUAUACGGAGCUCAUCACUACCACAUUCACCUUAUUAUCAACUACGUCAUUUUGUAACGCCAGAUCCGCAGAGUGAAGGACAAUUAGUGUACGCGACUGAGACGUACCCAAAGGUGCAAAUGCCAAUGGAACAUCGACGCAGUCAUCCACUGCCUCUACAUCAUCAUCAUCAUCAUCAAGCACAGCAAACGACUCCUUUACAUCGUGGAACAGUAGAAGACGGUGAAAACAGUACAGUAUCGACAACUGCAACGGGCUCGACAGCAUCAGGAAACAAUGGGAACAACGGCAUUGCGUGCACAAAAUCAAGUCGAGCAUCUGGACAAAAAAGAAGGAGUGCAGUUGCUCUUGGGGUAAACGCGUAA